GUGGUGGAAAGAAGCAAAAACGAAAAAGUAAUCAGAGAAACCCUUUUGUAUCCCUCAUCAUCGUCUUCCUCAUCUUCAUCAGAUAAAAAAAAAAAAAAAAAAAACUCAAGCAGUACGCAUUGAAAGGUGUGGUAGUUGAAUGAAAUGUCGCAAGUGAAUGAGCACCACGCGCCCUCAACGCCAGGGAAAUUGAAGCCAGAAAAAUCUCCGUACAUCCACCACCGCCUCCGCAUCCACUCCUCACUCUCCAAGCUCACUCUCUGGUCCUCCUUCUUUCUCGCAUUCAUCCUCUUCCUCUUCAUCCUCUCCCCGCCGUCUCCGUCCGCUUCCCCCCGCCGCGCCCUUGGCGACUCCUGGGGCGGCUCCCACUGGGAGAAGCGCGUCGCCAAAUCCGCGCGCCGCUCCACCUCCUCCAGCCUCACUGUGCUCGUCACGGGCGCCGCGGGCUUCGUCGGCACGCACGUCUCCCUUGCCCUCAAGCGCCGCGGUGACGGCGUCCUCGGGCUCGACAACUUCAACCGCUACUACGACCCCAACCUCAAGCGCGCGCGCCAACGCCUCCUCGACCGCGCCGGCGUAUUCAUCGUCGAUGGCGACAUCAACGACGCCGUGCUCCUCCGCAAGCUCUUUGACGUCGUACCCUUCACGCACGUCAUGCACUUGGCCGCGCAGGCCGGGGUCCGCUACGCGAUGCAGAACCCUGGAUCCUACGUUCACAGUAACAUCGCAGGCUUCGUGAACCUUUUGGAGGCCUGCAAAAACGCGAACCCGCAGCCCUCUGUUGUUUGGGCCUCGUCCAGCUCUGUCUACGGGCUCAAUUCGAAGGUUCCUUUCUCAGAGAAGGACCGUACAGAUCAACCGGCGAGUCUCUACGCGGCGACGAAGAAGGCUGGCGAGGAAAUCGCUCACAGCUAUAACCAUAUAUAUGGGCUUUCCAUCACUGGACUUCGGUUCUUCACGGUUUAUGGGCCGUGGGGUAGGCCCGACAUGGCGUAUUUCUUCUUCACGAAGGAUAUUCUCAAGGGAAAGCAGAUUACCAUAUUUGAGUCCCCCGAUGGUGGAACUGUGGCGAGGGAUUUCACCUACAUUGACGAUAUUGUGAAGGGGUGUUUGGGGGCUCUGGAUACUGCCAAGAAGAGUACUGGGAGUGGCGGGAAGAAGAAAGGGCCUGCACAAUUGAGGAUUUUUAAUUUGGGAAAUACUUCCCCUGUGCCUGUGAGUGAGCUUGUUGCGAUUUUGGAGAAGCUUCUGAAGGUGAAAGCGAAGAAGAAGGUGCUUCCCAUGCCAACAAAUGGAGAUGUGAAGUUCACUCAUGCUAAUAUUAGUUUGGCCUACAGGGACCUUGGAUACAGGCCUACCACUGAUUUGGAGACCGGCCUCAGGAAGUUUGUGAAAUGGUACCUUGAAUUUUACUCCAAGAAGAGCUCCUGGUGAAUGGUGAUGUGAUUCUUUUGCUUUGCUGCACAAGUCAUUGUUCCCUGCCCCUAUUCUUUUGGCGCCCUGAUGAUGAUUGUAUCUGGGGUUUACAGUUGUAUUAGGGGUUUAGGGUGAUCUACCAUCAUGUUCUGCUAUGUCAUUUUUCUUGUAAUUUUGGGUUUUCUCAUUUUCAUUUGAAUGCCAGCCUGCCUUUUAGGUUAGCCAUUGUACAUUUUUUAGUUGAGACUCUAGAGAUCGAAUUGAUAUUUUACUUAUUUGUGCUUAUGGACUUGCUUUGAUUUUGGUUUAAA